UGGAUACAGAUAUUCCAUUUACUACACUGGCCGUGAUGUAGGCCUAUCACACGCGAUAGGGUUUAUACAUGACCUGAUGUAGCAUGGUUCAAGUAGGUUGUAUGUGGACUAAUCACAGGACACACUGAUAAAACACGAUCUACAUUCCAUCAGUAUCAGCGCCGAAAUCAACAUAAUGGGUAUCCAGCCCAAUGCUGUGUGUGUCGUGCUGGCGUGCGUGACUGUCGUGUUCAUACACAGUGUCGGUUCUCAGACAGAACCUAAAAUCCGACAUGCACGUGCAAUUGGAGGCCAGCCCAUAUCACGCGGAAGUCAACCAUGGCUGGUUUUACUGAAGGCAACCAUUGUGACGAGACGGUUUCUAGGAAUACCCAUUGGUCACCGUCACGUGUUUUGCGGGGGAUCCGUCCUCAACGACUAUUGGAUAUUAUCAGCUGCCCAUUGUUUUAAGGACUACGGUCGAGAAGCAAGACUAGCAUCCAACUGGGAGGUCAGGCUGGCAUCCGUGCACUUACGGGCGACGCCUACAGAGAGAAUACUUCACUUCCUGGGUAGACUGUUCGACAUGCGAGACUGGCUACAAUGGGAAAUUGACGUAGAGCGGAUCGUCGUUCAUCCAGCAUACAACCGGUCUAGUAUCUGGGCCAAUGACAUUGCAUUAGUCAAACUGAAGCGAAAGGUUCCAUCAGGACCCACGUUUUCCUACAUCAGAAAGCUUCACCUGCCGCUAAUGAACGAGACCGACUUCCCACUUGUACACCAGGAAUGUCAAAUGAGUGGAUGGGGCUGCACAGUUAACGGUGGCGGGGCGUCGCGCGUGGCUCGUCUCAUCACCAUGCCAGUGUACAGCAGCUCGCGGUGUCGACGUCACUACCACGUCAAGAUGGAGAACAGGAUCUGCGCAGGCUACCGAAACAGAGGGGUGGGAGUGUGCGCGGGUGACAGCGGCAGUUCUCUUGUGUGCCACGAGAACGGCCGAGACUUGGUGGCAGGUGUCGUGUCGUUUACGAGCCGAGAUCGCCCGGGGAGCUACCCGGCAGUGUUCACUAAAGUCACUCCCUACGUCAGCUGGAUCAAUGACAUUAUAUCUAAUGGCCAGCGCUCGCAAUGAUUUGCAUUGUAAUUCUAGCAGUUUAGUGUACGUGACAGGCCCGUAGGAAUUGGGGGUGGCUAGGAGGGGGGCCUCGAGUGUCCUCUAGCGCUGAUCUGUUUAUAUCUUGGAUCUGCAAUAUAAUUACACCCCCCCCCCCCCCCAACCCACCUCCCCGACUCGUGGACGGAAAGAUAAAAUAGUACAAGAUUUAUUGCAUAUAAACAGUCCACAUGGAAUUGGAUGCAAAUCAUAAUAUUUGUACAAGCAUGACACAGACAAACAGGAUACUAAACUAAUUAUUGGUUAAUACAUAUUUAAUCAUAAACUAGUUUACACACUGCAUCUGCACCAAUCUAAUUAAAAUUAGCUCCACUAUUACAUGUGGUGAGACCCAGUAGAGCUAAUUUUAAUCAGAUUGCAUCUGCACAAGUAUAUUAAAUAUCCAUUUUUCCUGCAUAGACAUCAUUUUAAAAGUGUUAUUAUGUAAACUUUAAAGUUAAUUAUUCAUAUAUUAGUUUAAGAGCGUGGAAUAUUAUAUUUCACACAUAAUUUUAUUACGAUGUGAUGAUAUUCACAGGUACCCACAAACAAACCCCUCGUACGAACACUAUAGUUACAUAUAUAACGUAACAAUAGCACAUUCGGCGUUAUUGGUUGGGAAUACCUGUGAUGAUAUUCAUCUUCAGUCAGACUGCACCGAUUACAUAAUCGUUCAGACAAUAAUUGUUUUUCUACUGGAGUAAACGGUUUCGUGUAUUGUCCAGUGUCAACUUUCAGUUUGUGGUUGCCGAGACGUAGUUUAGUAAAUUGUGUGCGAUGUUCUGGAUUUAUUCAAUGUACCUUGUUUUGUCCUACUCUGUAUAAUUAAAGAUAAAAAUCUGGUCUAACAUUGACAAUCUAGAUCUGUUACAUAGAUUAGGGCUACUCCAUAGCCCUGGCUCGAACAGGACAGGACAUGACUUAAGGACACUUCCAAAGUUUUUCAGUCUUGGUCAUGUUACGGCCAUCUUGAAUUUCCACCAUCUUUGCAGAAUGUCGAGUAUGAUAAUAAUAAUAAUAAUAAUAAUAAUUAUAAUUAUACAAUAAAAAUAUAUUGUGAAUUUACAAGCGAAAACAUUUUAUCUUUGUACAUUUUUAAUUGUCUUAUUGUACAGUGAUUUAAACACAAGCGAAUAAAGUAAACAUAAUCAAAAAAUGUUUUAUAUUGAGAAUAUAAAAAGGGGCAGAGUGUAUUCAAAGUUAAACCCCCCCAAAAAAAACAAAAAAAAAACAAACAACACACAAACAACACACAAACAACACACAAACGCCCCAACCCCUACCAAAACAACAACUCUUAACAAACUAACCUCCCCAAACAACCCAACAAGACACAAAACACCCCCACCCACCCACACAAAACAAAACACUAAAGAAAAAAAAUGAAGAGCAAAAGACGACGUUCAAUUAUUGGUUGAAUAAUCUUAUUUUAAUAAAAACUGAAAAGUAACAGCACAGGUUGAACAACUAUUUAGUCGAACUUGAAUAACAUUAGGAACUUCCAGAACAAAGACGAUCGCAGGGUCGUAAGGCCUAAUGAUUCCCGUUUUGUCAUAGGCGUACGUUCUCCCAUUUUUGUAAGGGGAGAGGUGAGGGCGUUGGCUGACCCCCCCCCCCAAAAGAAGAAUUACCCCCCCCCCC